CUCUCCAUCCUUGCUGCUUCUCCGUCUGUGCACCACUGCAGCCGCCUCCGAAGGAAACCCCCUGCUCGCACCUGCUCACUCCCUCCCCAGGUCUGUUCUGCACGGUGAGCUUUCUAGAAUACAUAUCUGAUCAUGUCAGGCUCUUUCCAUAAAUCCUUCAGAGCCCGCUGCGCACAGGACUGACUAGCCCUCAGAAAGGAGAGCUUGGGCAAAGGGUGGACGCGUGAAAGAGAGCGCACAUUGGGUUCAGCAAAAAGCCAAGUCUGGCUGAAGAGAACAGAGAUGAGUUCAAAAAGAAAUGACUGGGUCAUGUGAGCCUUCCAGGCAAGAUUAGCUAGCUACCUGUACUCUUUAUCAGGCAGGUAAUUGAGAAGCCUGAUUGUGGCGAUUAUUUUGUUCAUGUGCUUCUUAAAUUUGCUCAAUACCCACCCAACUCGCUCCCUUCUUCCCCAACCCUUUUCACUUUAUAGAGACUGGAAAACAAAACUCAAAUUCUUAGCCUCUGCUGCUAGAGCUGACCAAUAAUAUGUAGGCUGGAAUUUCUAAGGAGGGCUUCCUUGUUGAAUAGAAAGGUGAGGCCCUCUCUUUGCUCCUUCUUUUUGUCUGGAAUGCAGAUAUGAUGUGUCGGGACAAAGCAGCCAUUUUGUGCCUUGGUGUGCGGUCAGAGGCACACACCAAGAACAGAGUAAGAGAAGGGACUUGCUUCCUUGCACACAGCCUCAUUUGAUCAUAAUUUGACUCUUCUCUUCCGUCAACUUCAUCACUAGCCAUUUCUGUCACUCUGCGACCUACAAUCCAAGCACUGGCCAAAUAUCUACCGCACCAUCAUAUUUCCCCUAUGUCAGAAUUUCUUAUUCCUCCCUUUUAAAAAUUACUUAUUGUGUCUGUUAAGUGUUACUGCUGAAUGCUUAAACUUUAAAAGAGGAUCGACAGCGUCGUGGAAUAUUCACAUAGCAAAAGAGUCAGGAACCCUAAGUUUGACUCAGGCUGUGCCGUUGACUAGUUCUAAGACCUUGAGCAGGUUACAUCAGUUCCCUCAUCUGUAAAAUGGGGGUAUUGGACAUGCUCUGAUUUUCCAGCUCUUUUUUUUUCAAUGACUUUCUGACGCCAACUAUGAAAUUUUCCCAGGGACAUGGAAAAAACACAGAUGAUUAAUAGUGCAGACCCUAAGAAAAGUUUACAGCAGAGGAAGCAAGAAGCAGCCCCAAGUAGUAAGGACCCAUCCAACACCAUAGCAGUGUGUGCAGGAAGGGACAGUGGGGAGGAUGGGGAGGUAGUGAGGGGAUCCUGCUGUAUCUGCAUCAGAGGCUGACUUUUCCAGGUACUAGAAAAACCUGAAGAUGGGUUAAAGUCCAAUAUCUGUCUGUCACCAGUUCUCAUUUCAGUGGUUUUUGCUGAAUGUUUUUCAUAUGCAAAGAUUAACCCGCAGGUUCCAUUAUGGGUCGACUUGAUGGGAAGGUCAUCGUCCUGACAGCUGCUGCUCAGGGAAUCGGCCGGGCAGCUGCCUUAGACGUAUUUGUGCAUUGUGUCUACCAGGCUUUUGCAAGAGAAGGUGCCAGAGUCAUAGCCACAGAUAUCAAUGAGGCCAGACUUCAGGAGCUGGAAAAGUACCCAGGUAUUCAGACUCGGGUCCUUGAUGUCACAAAAAAGAAACAAAUUGAUCAGUUCGCCAAUGACAUUGAGAGACUUGAUGUUCUCUUUAAUGUUGCUGGUUUCGUCCAUCACGGAACCAUCCUGGACUGUGAAGAGAAAGACUGGGACUUCUCGAUGAAUCUCAAUGUCCGCAGCAUGUUCCUGAUGAUCAAGGCUUUUCUUCCUAAAAUGCUUGCUCAGAAAUCUGGCAACAUUAUCAACAUGUCCUCUGUGGCAUCGAGCAUCAAAGGAGUCGUGAACAGGUGUGUGUACAGCACAACGAAGGCAGCCGUGAUUGGCCUCACAAAGUCCGUGGCUGCAGACUUCAUCCAGCAGGGCAUCCGGUGCAACUGUGUGUGUCCAGGAACGGUUGAUACCCCAUCUCUGCAAGAAAGAAUACAAGCCAGACCAAAUCCUGAAGAGGCGCUGAGCGAUUUCCUAAAGAGACAGAAAACAGGAAGAUUUGCAACUGCAGAAGAAAUAGCCCUGCUCUGCGUGUACUUGGCCUCCGAUGAAUCUGCCUACAUAACAGGUAAUCCUGUUAUCAUUGAUGGAGGCUGGAGCUUGUGAUUUCAGGAUCUCCUUGCUGGGAAGGCAGGCCCUUUCUGUCCACAGUGAACCUGCUUAUGAAGAAAACUCACCCAUCCUCUCUUUCCUAUUAAGGGCAUAUUAAUGAAAACAAGGCCAUUUUGAUGAUGUCAUUUUUCACAAGAGUCUGAUUCUUUCAAUAUAUUCAUCUCUUUCCAAUCUCUUCUGAAAUCAUUGUAGAUAGGUGAGAUAAUGAACUCACUGCAAAAAAAAAUACAUUUUAAGAAUAAAUCUCAAUUUGUAAGCAUA